AUGGUCCGUGUCCUCUCCGGGGGGCGCAGAGGCUCCCAAGGCUCCCCAGGGAGAGGCCGGAACCCACAGGCCCAGGGUUGCUGCUGUGAGCAACCUCCUCAGGCCCUCCGCAUCCUGCAGCGCAGCCUGGCUGGACACGGACAGCGGGGACAGCUGGGGGCUGCGCUGAGGAAGGCGAGGGAGUCCUGGUCCUCAUCGCAGGGCACGAGUCAGCCACUCCGCUGGCCCCACUCAGGGCAGCAGCCCCAGAGGGGGGAGGUGGCUGCCGUGUGUCGCCAGUGCAAAGGCCGCCGGGCUGGCCCUACAAGAAAAGAGGAACAAGACCGGACUCCCGCGCAGCCCAGCCACGAGGCGAGACGAGCCCUGCUCCGUGCUGGCGGUGUUUCUGACUUCAGGCUGGAGGGACCUCAGCACCAGCUCCCUCCUUCCCGGGACGUGGCUACUGUGGCACCUGCAGAGGUGCUGGCACAGGAACUUGGUAAGAACCCAAGCCGGGGUUUAGGUGGUGAGCUCCAUCCUCCUCCUCUGGGGCCAGGAGCCCUCUUCUCCCUACCAGACUGCACAGAGCCCAGGAUCUGUCCCUGGCCCUUCCCAGGGCUCCUCCACCAGGCUGCCCACCCCAGUCCGUCCCCAGCUACUCUCGGGAGCCAGGGAUACGGAGGGGUUCGGCCCUGUGACACAGCCUGCCCGGGGGGGGGAUGUCGUCCUGCCGUGGUCCUGCCAUGCGGAGCCACCUCUCACCUGCUACAAGGUGACGCCCCCAUCCCUCUGCCAGCAGCCACAUCUCUGUCCUCCCAGAGCCAGAGCCACUCCCACUGUGUCCCUUGGUGUGGGAUCCUGCCGACCACUCCUCACCAUCGUGACCCCUCCUGUUCCACCAGCUGCUCCUGGCUGUGUGGCCAGGACAGCUGAGUGCGGAGUCCUGCUGGCCCAGGACGCCCAAAUGGUCCUGACUGGCUGAGACUCUGCGCAGUCUGAUGGCGUCUUCCUCUUCCGUUCAACUGACUGUGUGGAGGGACCAACUGCCGGAGGAUUCUGAUUGGCUGAGCAGUGUGGGCCCCUGGCCACCUGAGUGGCUGCCACCUGGGCCUAGGUGCCUGUGUGUGGGGGGGUGGCAGAGGGACCCUUGGGGCCUGGCGGAAGAUGAGGAAGGCUGGGAGACUGAAUAGUGGUUUUGUUGGCCUUGCUCACAAACUUUGGGACCACUGCACUGUCCUCUCGAGGCCCUGCACUCAGAGCCAUCUUUUCUUUGAGACCGGUGGAGGAGACCACUAGCAUAUCCUGAAAGUAAUACAUCUACUUUACAAGGGAGGACAAAAAUGACCAACGCAGAAUGUGCCCCUUUUCCCUUUUCUCAGGAGCCUUAGCUGGGUCUUCAGAGUCCACAAGGGGAGCCAUAUGCCAGCCCUUGACCAGAAUAGUGUGAAACCCUCAGAUACCCCGGCUCCUCGCCUUUCAUCAGCCCUGGUCAUCUCCCUCACCACAGGACCUGUGGGCACCACAGUGGAUGAUUGUAGUGUUGUCCAAGGCUGUGGGAGGGUCUAGGGAUGCAGCCUUCCAGUUUGAGCCCCAGUUCAGCCCCAUGCAAAAUGGGGUUCCAUACUCGGAAUGAUUUUUUCUGCCAUGCAAACUGUCAGCCUGGCUGACAGGG